CUCUCGCUGCCACGGGCAGGACUCUGCAUAUCUUUUGAAUUAUUGUUCUUGAAUACUUCAGAUAGAUGCCAAGGAGUAGAAUUGCCUGAUCCUAUGGUAUUCAGAGAGAUAAAGAGUAUCACGUGAUACUCUUGGACACGGCCCUCUCCCCUUUAUAUAUUGCUCCUUCAGUAUUUGCUUGACAUGUUUCAGAAUUUCCAGAGAAGAAUCAGCUUGGCAUCCUUCUUCCCAACAGAAGCAAUCGCCAACAUGAGUGAGACCAACAGUUCUCUGAAGCAAAGCCUUUCCCAGCUGAAAUGUCAUUUCACGUGGAACUUCAAGGAAAAAGAUAUCCCAGAGGACCUGGAAGAGAGACUACAUGAGCAGAUUGAAUUUUCAAACUCCGCGUCCAAAGGCACAAUGUACAACAUGUUGGCCUACAUAAAACACUUACGUGGUAAGGAUGAGGAUGCCCUGGAAUACUUAAAGCAAGCUGAAGAGUCAAUCCAGCAAGAGCACUGUGACAAGGCAGAAGUCAGGAACCUGGUGACCUGGGGAAACUAUGCCUGGGUCAACUAUCACCUGGGCAGACUCCCAGAGGCGCAGGCUUAUGUUGACAAGGUGAAACAGGUGUGUAAGAAGUUUUCUAGCCCCUAUAGAAUUGAGUGUCCUGAGCUAGAAAACGAGGAAGGGUGGACACGGCUAAAGUGUGGAGGACUCCAAACUGAAAGAGCCAUGGUGUGCUUUGAGAAGGCUCUGGAAAAACACCCACGUGAUCCUGAAUCUACCAGUGGACUGGCCAUUGCGGUAUACCGCGUGAGUGACAGUCAGACACCUGUGGAUGUCACUGACUCACUGCACAAAGCCAUCAAACUGAAUCCUGAUAACCACUAUCUUAAAGUUGUUUUGGCUUUGACACGUCAAAGGAUGAAAGAAGGAGAUGAAGGAGAGAGCUUAGUUGAAGAGGCCUUGGAGAAAGCUCCAAAGGACCCUGAAGUGGUUGAAGCUGCAACGAAGUUUUAUAAAAGGAAAGGUGAUUCUGAGAAGACUUCUGAACUCACACAGAAGAACCUCACCCGCCAGCAUUAUUAUAAAGGAUACAUUUAUCGGGGAGAAGUUCUCCGGAAGUCAAAUAUGAUGUCAAGUGAUGAGUUAAAUGAAUUAAUUAAAAAAGCUAUAGAUCAUUUAAAGAAAGCUCAUGAGAUGGAUGAAAAUCUCCCCUGUGUCUGUCUCUACCUUGGUGAACUCUAUUCGAGAGUGGGCGAGCAUGAGGAAGCAGAGCGUUACUUCCAAGAGGAACUUGGAAAAGCACAAACUCCUAUAGCAAAGCAAAGAUUCCAUCUGCAUUAUGGCAAUGUUCAGCUGGAGAACAACCAAACUGAAAAGGCUAUCCACCAUUAUAUGGAAGGAUGUUCCUUUUGGAGCAAGAGGAAGCUAGUAACUGAGGCAGGUCUGGACUUUGGAAGCCUCAUUGGCAUCUUGAUCUGA